CUUUCCCGCAGCUUUUUUCCCUCGCUCACGGAGUGGUAUGCAGAGUGAGGGAAGCUUCCUCACCCCUUUCCCGCACCCACUCCGUCCAGCCUUACAGAAGAGUCGAUCGCCGCUCGCACUUCCAUUUCUAUGGAGUUUUAAAUGGGGCUAACUGGGGUUGAGGUGGGUUGACAACGCUAGUUAAACGGAAAAAAUAAAAUUUCCGUUUGGAGGAAUUCCAGUUAAAAAUGGCGCUUAAGCUUCCAGCUGAUGAAGCUGCGUAUGUUGCGUUUCAGUCGAUUGGAUGUGGUUAUGAUAUCUCAUUAGAUCUGAGGCUUAAGUAUGUAAAAGGUGCUUAUAUUGGUACUAAUCCAUAUCGAAUGUGUCGAUUGAUCGAAAUUGACGAGGAUGAAGGUAGAGACAUCAUGCUUCCUGGUGGGAUUCUAGUCCUUAAUGUUCCCAAAUCCAUCAAAUGUGAUAAAGGCGAGCGUACUCGAUUUCAAUCCCGUGCUCUUCCUUUUCAGCAGAUGUCGGAGCAAUUCAACCACGAACUAUCAUUAGCUGGGAUAAUUCCUUCAGGCCUCUUUGAUACCAUGUUUGGAUUUCGUGGAAAUUGGCAGAAAGAUGCAUUACGUACUAAAACCCUUGCUCUUGAUGGUGUUUUCAUGUCGUUGUACACCAUUGCAUUAGAAAAGACUCGGAUGCUACUCUGUGAUCAUGUCAAGAACGAUGUUCCAUCAUCAUGGGAGCCCGCUUUGUUAGCAAGGUUUAUUGAAAAGUUUGGCACUCAUAUAAUUGUGGGUGUAAAAAUGGGUGGAAAAGAUGUGAUAUAUAUGAAACAGCAGCAUGCAUCAUCUCUUGAGCCUGCUGAUGUACAGAAAAAGCUAAAGGCAAUGGCAGACAAGAGAUUUUUGGACUCCUAUGAACAGUUAGUCAUUGAUCUUGAACAUAUUUCCCAAAAUGACAAGGAUGUUAUAAGCAUUUGCAAAAGGAGAGGUGGAAGUGAUGAUAGGAACUUAAAACAUAAUGAGUGGUUACAUACAGUACAAUCAGAACCAGAUGUGAUCACAAUGUCCUUCAUUCCCAUAACCUCUUUGCUAAAUGGUGUUCUGGGAAGUGGUUACUUGAGUCAUGCCAUAAAUCUCUAUUUAUGCUAUAAACCACCAAUUGAAGAGCUUCGUCAGUUUUUGGAAUUCCAGUUACCUAAACAAUGGGCUCCUGUAUUCAGCCAUCUGUCCCUAGCCUUUGGUCCACAACCACAACGUGACUACCAAAAUACAUUCAGCUUUUCUGGGCCGGAGCUCCACGUCAAUACAAAUCCGGUUGAUGUAGGAAAGAGACCCGUAACUGGCCUCCGGCUUUAUCUGGAAGGUAAAAGAAGCAACUGUUUAGCAAUCCACCUGCAACACCUCUCCUCCCUCCCAGAAAUCUUCCAACUAGAAGACUCCGUAACCGGAACCGGAAUCGGAAUCUACAAUUCUGAUUCCGACGACCGCCGAUACUACGAAAAAGUCCAAUGGAAACACUUCUCCCACGUCUGCACCGCCCCGGUCGAAUCCGAAGACGAACAAUCAAUCAUUCCAGAAUGGGACAGUUCACCGGGAUUGGAAUCUCAAACCACGGAGGAGGUGAAUAUAAACUCGGCUAUAUACCCCGGUGGGCCACCGGUUGAAGCGCCGGAACUGUCGGAGUAUGUGGACACGACGGAGAUGACAAGGGGUCCGCAAGAAAGCCCGGGAUAUUGGGUUGUGUCGGGGGCUCGACUUGUCCUGGAUAAGGGAAAGAUUUCACUCCGGGUCAAGUAUUCUCUGCUAACUCUCAUCUUUCCUGAUGAUGAUGAUGAUGAUGAUGAUGAUGAUGAAGUCUCGUAUUUCUGA